GCCGUGCGCGUGCGCGCGAGCUGGCGCGGUGGUCACAGCUUGUCAGCCACUUUUUGCCGCUGCUUGUGCAAGUCAUUCAGUUAUUGUGCGUUUUCAUUCACUAUACACCUACAAGAACUUUAUUCACAUUCAGACUCUUCGAAGCUUUUUUCUUUGCCUUUCAUUUCCAUGCAUGGUGACCUUUGGACUUGUCGUUGAUGAUGUCAUUAUCAAGGUUGUCGUUGUGCUUGCUUCGUCGUGGUAGUUGUCUCGUCACGUCGUCCUCUUAUCAACCACGAUCACGAUGGCCCUUUUUCCUGGGCAGUGUUUCGUGACUCCACCUCCUGUAUGCUGCGCCUGCUGCUAUUGGUCGAGUUGCUCGGACAGUCCCGCUGCGGCCCCGCCCACCACAAUGCCAUUCUCUGCAACGUGCUCAAGUCCGCUGUCAAUCAAAUGGACGUCAUCAGAAAGACGGCGCGACGGCUGCAACCCGUGCGUGCUCUUCGACCUCCCGCUGCUGGUUCAGCAGUCCCGGUGGCAUCUUUUGCAUUUGCCUUUCAGUACGACGAAGAGGAGGCGGCGGAGGCGGACGACUUUCUGGACACUCGACUCCAAAGUCUUCCCGUCAUAGCAACGACCGCUGCCCACUUGCGCACGUGGAAGGCCAACGAAUCGCUGUCGAGGCUGUACGCCAACGCGCUGGCCUUCCGCGCGCACGCCGAAUGGCUGAAGGCGGCCGCCGAGAACGUCAGCUUGCCCUCCGAGGCCGCGGGGGUCGCCGCUGUUCACCUGCUACGCCUGGCCAACCUUGUCAGGACGGCGCUGAUCCAGAUGGAGGUGGCGUUGCCACCGCCACCGCCGCGGCCCUCGCUUCCAGCGGUGCUGACAGCCUUCGAGGCUCUGCGCUACUCGGCCGAGAUGUCUCGCCGCUUGGGCGUCUUCUGUGGCUUCUCCAAGCGCCUCGUACGGCAUCUGCGCAGGGUGGCUGCCUGCCCCUCGAGAAGAUGAAGGCCAGCGCGUGGGGUAGCUCGCCUUGGAGUUGCGAUGGACGAGAUUGCGCGACGGACUGGUUGCCGGUGCGCCGCUUGGCCACAGAUCACGACGGCCUUUCUGACGUCUACUUUCCCCCGAGCUGAGCCGGGAUGAGUUCAGCAUGGGGCGGAGACCAAUCACAUAGACAAGGCGUGCGUAGACAAGAGAGCGGUUGCCAGUGGAUGUCAUGCCAGAAGUGGACAUGGGCACUUGACAAGGGAGUCACUUGGCCGCGGCGUGACAGCAAGCGCGAGACUCGGGCAGCUGACACGACACAAACUAAAGGACACAUGUUGCUCUUUGGUUUCUUUAAUGAGCGCUUCAGUUGAUCAUGACAGCUUUGUGGUCUUCGCAGAAGUCUGUGGGAGACAGCAAACAACAUGUGACUUGCAGGAGCGACACCCUUGGCGGGACUGCGAGAGAGGCACCAGUGGGUCUGCAAACCUUUUUUGGGGUCGAUCAGAAACAUGGGUUCCCCGGAGAAGCCCAAGCAGUCGGCCUGCUUUUUGAAGUUCUCCAGCUCCAAGUCCGUCACUUUGUUCCGUUGAGC